CCGCCCCGCCCGCCGCGGCGCCGUGCAGCGGGUGGGCGGCUCGUCGUCUCCGGAGUGGCAGCCCGGGCCAUGUCUGCGCUGGAGUGGUUCGCUCACAAGCCCCUGGGCGACGGCAUUUUCUGGAUCCAAGAGCGUUUCUACGAAUCGAGCAACCGGGCCAACAUCUGGCUGGUGCGGGGCUCGCAGCGGGACGUGGUGAUCGACGCGGGGCUGGGGCUGCGCAGCCUCCCCGACUACCUGCGGGCCGCCGGGCUGCUGGCGCCGGCCGACGGGGCCGGACCGCGGCCGCUCAUGGCCGUGGCCACCCACGUCCACUUCGACCACUCAGGCGGGCUGCAGCACUUCGAGGAGGUGGCGGUGCACAGUGCCGAGGCGGCGGCGCUGCUGCGGGGCGAUAACUACGAGGCCGUCACUUGGCUGUCGGACCGGGAGGUGUCGCGACAGCCGCGACCCGGCUGGCGGGCGCGACAGUUCCGCGUCCCGCCCGUGCGGCCCACCCGGCUGCUGCAGGAGGGGGAUGUGAUCAGCCUUGGAGACCGACAGCUUACCGUCAUGCACAUGCCUGGUCACUCCAGAGGCAGCAUUUGCUUGCACGACAAAGACCGGAAGAUUUUGUUCAGCGGAGACGUGGUGUACGAUGGAUCCAUGAUUGACUGGCUUCCCUACAGCAGAAUAAGCGACUACGUUGCAAGCUGCCGGCGCCUCAUGGAGUUGGUGGACAGAGGCCUCGUGGAGAAGGUACUGCCAGGGCACUUCAACAUAUUUGGGGCAGAAAGGCUGUAUUGGUUAGCUUCCAACUACAUUUCACAAGCUGGAGUUUGUCACAAGGUUUCUACUUGUGCCAUGAAAUCCAUUGCAAGCAUAGUGCUUCACCUUACAAAUUCCAGAGGCACUUCUUAGUGACCACAUUUUGGGUGAUCUGUUCCCUGCUGAAAACCCAAAUGGCUUGUGAAAGCGUUGAUGCAAGCAAAAGCGGUACUUGUUUGUCAAGAGCUGGCAAAUUGAUGCAGAUGAGCUGCAGAAAUUUUCACCUAUUUUUGCCUACUUUAUUCCUAUUUUUGUAAAAAAUAUGUAAGCUAGUAGCUUCAGCUGAAGCUACCAUUUUUCUUGCUUAUUUUUCAGGGCAUGUUUGCACAUGUGUUGUGGUGGAAAUAUAUUGGUUUAUUUUUGUUAUGAUUCUGAGAGAUGCAUAUAUGCCCAAAUGAGAGCUUUUACAUUCGUGCCUGAAACCUUGUUAAUGUAGCACUAGGUUUGUGACUCUUCACUCCACUCCUGCUCAGGUUUUGGCCUAAGACAGCUCGUGCUAAGCCCAGGUGUGUGCUGGGAGCAGCACCAUUAGGUCAAAGCAAGAACAGCACCUGUGCAGGACUUGGUGGGCAGAAAGAGGUGAGGGACAUUCUGCAGCCAUUGUCACCUGCUGCAGCCAUCAUCACCUGCAUCUUUGCAAGGUAGCUGUGUGGCAGUUUCUUUACAAUCUACUAAUAUAUGGAAAUGCUAUCGAACAAACUUCCAAGCUGGAAGAUAACAUGUACAUCAGCUUACCAAAAAGGUUUUGAUUUGCAUUGAGCAGCAGACUGAAUGUUGAGGAGUUUGUGCCUGACGGGAACAAGAAUGAGCCCUCUCACCGUCAGCUGGGGAAGUGUUCUUAUGGGCAUGAGAGUUAGAAAUUAAGAGAAUGUGUGCACUAAUUAAUUAAAGUGUUGGAGUAGUCUGUACAAGGCAGACUGAGCCCUUGCUUGAUGUGUUUGGUGUUUUUGCUGAGCUCGUUAAAUAAAUUUUAUUUACAGAGCACGUUCUCUAAAUUUGGGAGAACCAGGCUACCUAAAGGUUUUACUUGUGUUUAAGACUAUUUUUAUGUGACUGGAUGAUAAGUUGGUUGUUAAUGGUCUGUGGUAGUGGGAGGAUGGAGGUUUUAACAUUACUUUGUCCUGCUGCAGCUGCUGGAUUAAACAGCCGAUGCAUGUGUUCCCGCAAAGUGAAUGUAACUUGAACUGCUUACCGUUUGUCUAUGAAGUGUUUGGUGUGUAUGGUUUUUAUGAAAAGUGCAUUGCAUUUGGCUCUGUUUCAAAAAAAAGUUGAAUACAUUGAGAAAUGCUAAAUGAUGUUGUAACUUGCUUAUGAAAGUUGAACGUGUGAUAUUUAAAAGCUGUUGAAAUGGUGAAAGUUUGUGUAAUUAUUCUAACAGUAUUUAUAGAUAACCUUUUAAAAGGACACUGUCUGAUGUUAUUUUUGUAUAUAGACAUACAUACUUUCCUAAAAAGAGUGCCAAUGUUUUCACAAAUUUUAGUAGAGUUUAACUGCAUUUGUUUGGCUUUCACCUUAUGGGGAAGCUUUUUUCCCCCCUCUUAUCAUACACAACAAAAAGGGAGUCCAAAAUAUGGGCUCUUUCUAAGGAGUAGGGUAGUGGAAUUGGUAGCCUUCUUCACAGGUGUAAAUUCUGGAGAAAAAAAACAUCUCUGUCUACAGAUUACAGAAGAGAAUAUCUUAUGUAAUGCUUUUCUCCUUUCACAGCUCACUGCACUCCUGCCUUUAGUAUCUUGAGUAUAUUCCUCACCACGAUUUGUCCUGAUAAGUUGUGAUGUGCCUAGUUCUUGUUUGCGCUAGCUGGAGAAAAACGUUAAGUGGGCAGGAGAGGUGUAGCAGUGCAGCACUUGAAAGACUUGUUAUCACUCGGAUUGUAGUCUCUCUUUUGGAGGAAUCCAAGUAUAUCUGUAUUACAUUGGGAGUGUUUGAUCAGUGGGUCGACUUCUGUCAUAAACAAACCUAGGAGCUUUUUGUCUUGGCCUCAGUUGGCCAAGAGGAAGAAACACAGAAGUUUAGCCUGGAAAUCCAAAAAAGCCCUCCAGUGAACAAACUCCAGGGUGUGAUUUUCCUUUUCAGCCUGCUGACGCAUGCUGCUGUUUCUUUUUCUUAUUUACGUAGCAGUCCAGACACUGUUCUCAAUAGCCAGAGGUUCACAACGGGCAAUCACAGAUCUGAGGUGGCAAGCAGGUAAAGUCUGAAUGGUUCAAGAAAUACAUAGCAUUGAAUCUUACACCAGUUGUCCAAGUGAAGAGGUGGUUACCUAACAGUAAUUGAUUGGACUCCUUCAAAUUAGCCACCUGUGGUGUCAUACCAGUGGUAAUCUUGCUCUACGCUUUUACGAAGGCUGUGGGAGCGCUGGUGAUAACCACAUGCAGCAGUGUGGACAGAGAGACCUCAUCUGUCUCAAAGCCUGCUGGUACGUAGGCCAGUUACUAAAAUUUUGCAAUUGUUUGUUAGGAGAGUGAGAUCGCAUCGAAUUAGCAUUUUGUGUCAUACCACUAUCAGUUUGUUUAAUCCAAUAUUAUAAGCCCUUUAGCCAGAUUGUACUGGAUUGUGAAAACAGAGCUCCUAAGGAGAAGACUCACAGGCCAAUUCAUAAGGAAAGAUAUCCUCCAUCACUUGUGUUUAAAUCUAUGCUCAGUAUCAGCUACAAAAUCCUUAAAUACCCAGAUCUCCAUCAAAAUGCCCUAUUAAGCCAUGCUUAAGUCUGUUAAGUGUAUGUAGAUAACAGCAAUUGCCUGUUUGGCGUUUUUUUGUUUGUUUUGGUUUGGUUUUUUGCCUUCACCAAAACCUAAGGAAUAACUUCGUAGUUCAGAAGUAAGCUUUACAUGAACAUUGCCCAAAACAGGGCUUGUUAGUCAACUGCUGCUACAGUCCAGUUGGAAGUAGUUUUUGAGGGUCUCUAAAUUAUUUUUAUAUUAUAAGAAAUUCACUACUAAGUAAGUAUAAAGAACUGUCUCUAUUUUUGUUAAGAAUUACCAAGUUUUAGUCAUAAGAGUUUGGCAGUGUCCCUUUAACACUUCUUGGGUUAAAUAUUUAAUUGUAAGUUUAAAUAUUGCAACAUCUUGAGCAUUUAGUACUGUGUUGAUUGAUCUGUAAAAUCUAAAUGUGUGUUAAUGCAAUUUUCACUAGACUGGGGAUAUGACAAAAAAGUCAGAUGGGGAGUUUUGCUCUGUAACCUGUCAAGACUUUUGUGAUGUUAAACAACAUUUACACAUAAAAAAUAAUUUUAUCAUAGAUAAUAAUAAAAAAGUUAUAAUGCUAUGCA